AUGGCAGAGACUUCGGAGAAAAUCCCCAUCGCUAUGGCUGGGCCAGAGGAGAUAGAACCAUGUUUACCACCUGCAUACACGGCCGAGACGGUGAAGCCCUCCAGUACAAGCCGUCUUCUGAAAAUUGGAGCUGUGGUUCUUAUCGCGGGAGCAGCUCUCCUGCUUUUCGGAGCUAUUGGUGCUUUUUACUUUUGGAACGUCGACGACAAGCAUGUGUACAAUAUUCACUACAGUAUGAGCAUCAAUGGGAAGAUUGAGGAAGGCUCCAUGGAAAUUGAUUCGGAAAAUAACAUGGAGAUGUUCCGAACAGGAAGUGGGCUUGACGAAGCAGUGGAAGUCCAUGACUUUCACAUUGGAAUAACUGGGAUCCGGUUCUCUGGUGGGGAGAAAUGUUUCAUUAAGACACAGGUCAAAGCGCACCUUCCUGAAGUGGCAACGCUGAACAAAGAUUCAUUGAUGUUUGAUUUGGAAGAUGAGAUCAUGCCGGCCAAGUUUGAUGAGGAGUCUCUGAUCUGGGUGGCUGCAGACCAGCCCUUGAAGGACAACAGUUUCCUCAGCGCCAAGAUCCUCCAGCUCUGCGGAGAUCUGCCCAUUUUCUGGCUCCGCCCCACGUACCCAAAAGGUGGACGGCGGAGGCGGGACAUCCAGCGGAGAAAGCGCCAGGCCCCUGAGGCCACCACCCCCAAAGCCCCUGAGGAGCCUGCAUAUAACCCAGAAAACCCCUACCAGCGCAAUCUGGAGGGAGAGGAGGGCAUGACCUUCGACGCCAUGCUGGACCACCAGGGGAUCUGCUGUGCGGAGUGCACGCGCGGCCACACCCACUGCCAGAGGAUAUGUGAACCCCUGGGCGGGUACCAGCCCUGGCCCUACCACUACCAGGGCUGCAGAGUGGCCUGCAGGGUCAUCAUGCCCUGCCGCUGGUGGGUGGGCCGCAUCCUGGGCCUCGUCUGA